AUGGAACUUCAACAAAAUGAUUUAGUUAAAGCCUUAAAAAACCUUGCAGUUUAUUGGGUUCUUAUUUGUUUCAUUCUUGUAUUCUUAUGUAAUUUCGUUGUUUAUGGACAAUUGAAUUCUACAUUACUAGUAAUAAAACGGCGGCGUUUUAUAGGGCUGGAGCCUUACGUAUUAG